UCAAUCGGUUGUCAAGGGAUGUUUUAGUUUACGGAAGUUCUAAUCGAUUUGCUGCACUUUAGGAUGAAAACAUGUCAUUUGUCGGAUCUAUUUGUAAUUAUUAACGCACUCCAUGUGAGAAAAUACUUUGUACAGUUCUUUCAAAGCGUCAUCUGUUUCACGAGUUGUCUUCGGCCGCUACAGUCGCCUUUUUGGAUGAUCAACUGAACAUAGCAAUGUGAAGCUAACUCUAGCAGCAACAACAACAUGGCACAAGUUCUUCCUUCCUCCGGAUCAAUCAUUGUGGCAGACUGGCAUCGGUGUAAAGACAGCAAAGAAUAUUUCAACAAAAUACUGCACAAGAAGAGGCGCAAAAACUUCGGCCUGUUGGAGUCUCCAGUGAUGCCCCCACAUGUAGCCGUGGACACCGUUCACUAUAAAAUCUUCCUCUCUGGCAAGAGCGGAGUGGGGAAAACUGCUCUUGCUGCACGUCUUGCAGGAUCAAAUAUUCCUAACAUGCACUAUGAAACCACAGGUAUUGAGACCACGGUGGUGCAUUGGCCAGUAAAACUGAGAGAAAAUGGCAGAGUGUUUUUCUUCCGUCUGCAGCUGUGGGACUGUGGGGAGAAUGCCUUGCGCAGAUUUGACCAUCUGCUGCCGGCCUGUAAGGAGCAGGUGGACGCCGUCCUUUUCCUGUUCUCCUUCACUGACAGGACCUCCUUUGAUGAUCUGUCAAAUCAAAUCGCUAAAUGGACCGGGGCACCUGUUGGUCGUGUUGUGAAAUUGGUGGUUGGCACCAAAUUUGACCUUUUCAUGCACUGUGACGUGGCAGAGAGAGACGUGACGAACUUCCAGGAAACAUGGAGCGUACCAGUGCUGCGUGUGGGGGGGGAGGUCAGUGACGGGUUGGGGGAUGUAGCCCCUCUCCUCAACUGCCUGGCGGAGCACCUGUGGCAUCAGGACUGUGUUACAGCUGGAUCCACCAGACACCAUUCACAGCAGGAGACAGCGACUGUACUUUAAUUCUGACUUUGUUUUUUUAGUUGGCAGUUUAGUACGCACUCAAGGUAACGUCACUGCAGUGGGCCUGCGUAUUGACAGCUGAUCUGGGAGAGCUUCAGAUCCUUCGGGAUGAGAUGAAGGAAACCUAUUUUGGGAUUUCUGAAUUGUUUCAUCUUAUUCUAGAUGCAAUACAUUCUGUUUUUACUCACCCUUAUGUCAGCAGGGUGUUGUAUCAAUAUCCUCGUUAUCUUGUCUGUCCUCCUGCCGAUGAAUCGAUCCAGGAACACCAUGUUUAAGAAUGUUUCCUAAAUUGAAUCUCAAGCAGAAUACGCUCAGUAGAGGAACCAUGAGCGAGUACGCACAGGCAUGACAAUGUACUGAUGCAGCUGUUCCACAUCAUUACUGACAAUACUUUAAAAUGACAACUUGAAAUCACGUCUCUUUUUGUUUAAUGCCUGUUAGCUUGACUCUUUGCCCCUUCUUUAUUCUGCCGACACCGCUCACUUUCCAGGUCGGAGUAACAUAAGGAGAGAAAACGAGAAUUUUUAAACUGAGAAAUAGACUAUGGUUAUAUGGUUGUCUUUAGUGUUCUUCAUGUCACUGAAUGCCAAUGUUUAAGCAGUUCUCAAUUUAAUGUGUUACAGCUUGUUUUACUUUGCUUUGUUACUGAUGUUAUUACAGAUUCAUUAGAAUAUUUACUUAAAACACCUAAACUCAAAAUAAUGUCUGCUAAGAUGUAUUGGAUUAAAUGUUGUAGCAAUAUUUUAACAGUGAGAAAACUAAAGUGCAUGUUUAAAUCCUUCACGUUGUGUCAUAUGGUGCCCUUAUUAAGAUUAUUUAAAAAAGGUGCAGUUAAGUUGAACAUAAAUCUAAAAAGUGAAAAAGGUUAUUCAAUUAUUUUUAUUAUCAAAUGUAGAUAUAAGAAGUGAGCAGGUUAAAAACAACCAAAGUAGGAUAUUUAAAAUCAGUUUGCAGAAUCCACUACUGUUUACACGGCAACAACUUCGUCCACACUUCUUUAUCUGACCUGCAAUAAAAAAAAGAAAAAGACAGUCACCAAUUGAUCGUCAACUACAGGAGACGUUUAGUAUUACAGAUAUAUGCUAAAUGUCCUUGUACGUUGUGUCUGCAGCGAGUAUCAUGGUGGUGGGUUGUCCGGUGUGGUUUUUAGAGAGAUGUAACAGGAAGGAGUCUGGGGGUAGACCUAGGAGCUCAGUUUGAACAUGCUCAACAUUCACAUGUUUGGGGAACUCAGCAUGAUCCAUAACUGUGAACCCUGCGUGUUGGAACCAAUACUUUUUGGAUGAAAUGACCAAAAGGUCAUUAAAGAGGUGGAGGUAUACACUUGAGAAGCAGCUUGUCCCCACACUCCUUUGUCGUAUGGGUCCCUGGUGCACCAGAAAACGCCCGCUUACAACCAUAGGGACAGACUGCAAGGAGGAAGAGACAUUCAGUCAGAUUGUUUAAAAGAGUUGAUCCUGUUUUUGGUAGCUUGCAGAUCCACAAAAGGCUCUGUGAAGAAAAAUCCCCCACCUUAAUUUUGCCAAAAUCCAGCAGCCUGUCCAGGUAAACCAGCUCCUCAAUUUGUUCCAUUUUUCGGACCCCCCUAUCACACUCUGUUACAAUCUGUGGGUCAGAGCAGAUGCAAUAACAUUUCCCAUUUUUAGAGUCUAGUUUCUAAAAACAUGCCUCUGAUUGCUCACAGAUCCUGUAAAAGUCUUACCUCAUGGAUGGCUGCUAUUGCUUUUUCUAGAUUGGAUAUAGAGUCAGAGUCUGGCUUGGUCUGUUUCAGGAUGCUCUGAAAUUAAAGAAAACCCAACACUAACCUAAGAAGACUAUGUAUAUAUGGAUGCAAACAAGUCAAAUAUCAUGAGACACUAACCUGAAGGAGGAGUUUAAUACGAGUAAUUCUUUGGAAAGGCAGGACAAGGAAUGACUUCAGGCUCUGUCUCUGACAGUCUUUGUGACUCUCAAUGUUCUUGAUCGAAUGCAGAAAAUCUCUGUUCUGCUGCCUUGGAAAUGGAAUACAUGAGAUUGAAUGUGUGCUUGUUGGUGUUGAGCGUCAGCAGCUAUACAGCCGCGGAAUAAAUUUAGAGACUUCUUCAGCAUUAUGAUUUUCUUGUUUUAUUAUUUAUAUGUCUUUGAGUUAAAUGAUUUUUAAAUUGUAUUCUAUCAACUACUGACAAUAUUUCUCUGUUGG